GUGCUGAGUCCGACAUUCCAGGUCUUUCCACGACAUUUUUUAAUCUCCUACACCGUUUCCAUUAUUUCAUCAUUCUAAGAUCUGAAUAAUUUUGCUUGGUCCUGAGAGACCAUUUCUUAUUUCAACAUGGCGGGAAAAAUGGUGCUAUAUAAAUUGGUGGUGCUUGGUGAUGGAGGUGUUGGUAAAACAGCUUUGACAAUUCAGUUAUGUCUACAACACUUCGUUGAAACUUAUGAUCCGACAAUUGAAGACUCGUAUCGAAAACAAGUUGUUAUAGAUGGUCAAGCGUGUAUGUUGGAAGUACUAGACACUGCUGGUCAAGAAGAAUAUACUGCAUUACGAGACCAGUGGAUCCGGGAUGGCGAGGGAUUCGUACUGGUAUACAGCAUUUCGUCCCGAUCGUCGUUCUCGCGGAUCAAGAGGUUUCAUCACCAGAUUCAACGCGUGAAAGAGUCGUGUUCGGCAUCGCCAACCUACCCUGGUUCCCCGAUCUCCACGGUAACACCGGCCGCCGCCGUACCUAUUAUGCUAGUCGGUAACAAGAGCGAUCGAGUUACGGAAAGAGAGGUCUCGACUCAAGAGGGUCAUGCCCUGGCGCGAGAACUAGGGUGCGAGUUCGUCGAGGCGUCAGCUAAGAAUUGCAUAAACGUCGAAAAGGCGUUCUACGAUGUUGUAAGAAUUUUGCGCAGACAACGACAACAGGCGUCCCGUCCGAUGCCGCAAACAGGUCGCCCGCGGCCGCAGAAUGGAGAAGCCCCCCACAGGGAACCUGGUGAUAGGUACAGAAGGGGCCGCCGAGGUGGAGGAGGAAAUGGAGGACGCUGCGUCAUAUUAUAAAUGGGCCUAAUCCUUAGCAUUACGUGCGCACUCGCGCGUUCGCGAUUGACGCGCCGAUGACGAAUAAUGCCUAACAUGUAUUGGAUUGUCAUGGUAUCCUUCGCGCGCUCUAAUCCAUCUACGACUUCGAAAUGAUGGCACAACCAAACACUUACACAUCGGAUACCACGAGAGAGCACUUUGGCGA